CACAGUUACAGGAAGUGUUAUAAACUGGAGCAAGUGUAUGGGUUUCUGGCAUGGACCGUGGGAAAAUACGCCAGAUUACUAUGCAAGCAUGACAUGGACUACCACACCAGUCAGAUACCUAGGCGUGCCGUUGGAGCACUAUCGCGAUACGACGCAAUACUGGAACGAUGAAACCGAGCGCGUCAAGGAACAAACUGAUAAAUGGGGCGGGCGGGACUUUUCUGUGUUCACUCGGGCUUCAGUUUGCAACGUUUUUCUAGUUGCCAAAGUUUGGUAUGUUCUUCAAGUGCUUUGUAUGUCUCGCGUCAACGUGCAGAAACUGCACAGAGUCUUUGCAGUGUUCGUGUGGCGCUCAACAUGGGAGAGAACUAGCCGAACAAAUUUAUUUAGGUCACUACGCAGUGGUGGAUUGGGUUUAGUCCACUUAUUUCUUAAACAAAUUGUGUCCAGAUUUAUUUUCUUGCGUGACCAGAAGAUCGACUUCCUCCGAACAGUAAUACAAACGCGAUUAGCUAACGCCAUCCCGGAAUUUGUUGUAUCUAGUAUUGUGAAGCAAGGGAAUGUUCGCGGCUUCCUUCGCGAGGUCGUUUUGUCCUUCCAAAUGCUAAGAGUGAGGUUUUCAAUGGAGUACCUAAGUAAUGUUCCGAAAAAGCGUCUAUAUAAAGACAUUAUAGACGUUAUGUUACCAGUGCCUGUGUAUCGAGCCAUGUACUGUGUAGGCUCAGAGCGAAACGUUUUAAAGCGAGUUAAAAGAAUGAUGGUCCGCCCAUCGGUUAAAACAUUUUUCUUCCAACUACAUACGAACACUCUACCGGUAAAACCGUGGUUGAAAGACAAAGGACUGUUCGUGCCAUGGUCAAUAAACUGCCUCAUCUGCCGGAAGCCCGAAACAAUUGAACAUAUUUUCCUAGAUUGCUGGGAUGCAGUAUUCCUGUGGGAUGUCUUGCAGAGAACCCUCAAAAAAGAACUCCCUGUAACGCCCUACGGCAUCCGUUUUCUUCCCGUAGAAAAUGAAAACGGAGUACCUUAUGACAUGAUCAUGGCUCUGACCUUACACAGCUUAUGGAAAACGUGUAUGGCUGUACGAAAUGUCGAUGUAGACGCCAAGGCCCCCCGAGAAUACUUCAUUGAAAGUAUUGUCCAAAUAAGAGAUGUGUAUAAGUCGCAGUCCCAACCACCAGAUUGGCUACCUGUAUUAGAUACUUUAGUAACCUUAAAACGGUUUUAAUGGUUCUGUUGGCUUCAUAGUGUGGUGAAUGUUAUGUAUGCUUGAAGAUGUGGCAAUAAA